AAAGGGAGAGAUAAGAUGGGAGUCCGAUGGAUGGAAAGCCAUCUGGCGUCGCGGCCCGGAGGCGGUGAGCUGCCGAGGGGUUGCAGGGAUGUGGUCGAGCUUCUCCCCGACGGCGUGUAGAUCCAUGGGAAUUCGCUGAAUUAGCGGAUGUCGAAUAUUCCGAGCAGCUGCCUGCUCUUCGAUCGUUCGACUUCUUAUAGUUUGGACCCCAAUCCCAGGAAUUGCCAUGUCGGGUGGUCCGCGGUGGAUUCCUCAGGCAACGACGAGGUGAACGAAUUCUGCCGGGGUGCCAUUCGACGUCAUCUCCAGCUUCCAGUCGGGCUUUUCCCCUCACUGCCUCGACCCUCUCUCCCAGCUCGACUGUCGCUACAACGCCCGCUCCUGGACGCCAUCGCCCCGAAUCCUCGGAAUUGAUCGACACUCGCCAUCAUCGGCCGCCGUCACAGACCCCGAUACCAACAAGCCCCGCCCAAAUCUGGUCGCCGGCCGCGCACCAUGGGCAACGAACCGUCAACCAUGGUGGACGAGCAUACGUCGCCUGCCGUGCUAGAGGCGCGUACGAUCGAGGCUGUGGCCAAGUACAUUGAGCAACGAUCGGUGCAGCGCGUGGUGGUGAUGGUCGGAGCUGGCAUCAGCACCUCGGCUGGAAUCCCGGAUUUCCGCUCCCCAGACACAGGCAUCUACUCCAAUUUAGAGUAUCUAGACCUGCCGGAGCCUGAAGCGGUCUUCGACAUUGGUUUCUUCCGCGAAAAUCCCCGGCCUUUCUACGCCUUGGCCCGGGAACUGGCCCCGGGCCAGUACCGGCCCACCAUUGCACACUCGUUUAUCAAGCUACUCUACGACAAGGGUCUGUUGAUGAAGCACUUCACACAAAACAUCGACUGUCUGGAGCGUCUCGCCGGGGUGCCGGGCGACAUGAUCGUCGAAGCGCACGGCAGCUUCGCGACGCAGCAUUGCAUUGAUUGCAAGGCCGAAUAUCCCGACGACCUGAUGAAAGAGGCUAUUGCGAAGGCGGAGGUACCGCACUGUGUCCAGUGCAAGGGGCUGGUGAAGCCGGACAUUGUUUUCUUCGGGGAGUCGCUGCCGUCCGACUUUUUCGAUAACCGGGAGCUCCCCGAACAAGCCGACCUCUGCAUCGUCAUGGGAACUAGUCUGACGGUGCAGCCAUUUGCCAGUCUGCCCGUGUUCUGUCGGGAGGGAUGUCCACGGGUGUUGAUCAACAUGGAACGAGUGGGCGGGCUGGGGUCCCGACCGGACGAUGUGCUGAUCCUGGGCGACUGCGACACCGGGGUGAGGAAAUUUGCGCGGGCGCUGGGCUGGGGGGAGGAGCUGGAGGAGCUGUGGGAGACGACGAACCCGGAUAAGGGAGCACGGGAGGCGGAGGAUGCACCCGCUCAGACGAGGGAGGAGCGGCUCCAAGACGAGGUGGAUCGCCUGACCGAGGAGGUUGAUCGCACGCUGGGCAUCUCCAAUGCAUACCAGCAGCGGGUGCGGCAGCAUCUGGAGCGCCAGGCCAGCAAGACGGCGGAAGCUGCGGAGAAUACGAAGCGGGAUGAGGAGACGGACCGGAUUGGGGGCCUGGCACAUGUCUUCCCGCAUCUGGCGCGGGCUAAGGAAGGGAGGUGAGGAUGCUGGAGCACAUCACAUGUGGGAUGGCGUUGGGUGGCUGGUUCGAGUGAUUCUGACUGGACGCGGCCAGCUGGUCGGGCAGACGG